CGAGAUGGCAGCCAAGAUGAUAAUUUUUGUUCUGGCCCUCGCCACCAGCAACGCCUUGCCGGUUUGGAUCAACGGAAAUGGCUACAUGAUGCCUGGCACAAUUUUCCGCAUCGGCCGCUCUCCCAACAUGGCGUAUGCGUUCGGCAGCGGCUUUAGCAGUAACAUCGGAGGCAUCAGCCACUCUACUAGCGUUGGUUCCUCCUUUGGAACCGGUGACGCUGAAGCGUACAGCUCUGGGGUUACUGGCACUAACGCUGGUAGUGCCUAUGCUCGCGGAGUGUCAAACGUCGUGCCAGCGCAAUAUCCUCUUGGCUACCAGCAUUCUACUGCGUCUGCUGUAAACAGUGGUUUCGGUCGUAAUGCAUAUGGAUCUGCAGUAUCUUCAGCUCAAAAUUUCGGCGGCAAUUAUGGCUCAGCCGUGGCUACCGCCCAAAACCAGAAUGGGCUUGGAUACAGUAGAUACGGUAACGCCGUGUCCGCGGUCGAGAAUGCUGGACCAGCUCGCUACCAGUCCGCUGUGUCGUCUGCUCAGAACCUAAGAGGCCUAGGUUACGAAUCUGCUGUAUCUAGCGUUCAUAAUGCGGGAAGUGAUUUCGGAUCGGCGAUGUCAGCCACUCAGAGUAAAGAUGGAUACGGUGACUUCAACUCUGCCGUCUCAGCUGCUCAGAACUAUGGCGGAUAUGGAGGCAGUUCUUCUCAAGUGGUCCAGCAGCGCGCUGGCUCCGUGCGCCACAGCGGCGCUUCAAGCAUCAAUGGGCCCGGUCUCCAGGCUGCUCAGUCUCACGCCAUUAACACUGAUUAUUACUAAUAACCAAUAAUUUAAAUUCUAAGUAAAGCAACUUUAGUCUAAGAAAGUAACCACUUUUAAAAAGAUAUUGAGACGACUGCUACACACUUGUCUCAAUACCUAUUAAGUUUGUGAUUUAGGUAAGCAAUAUUAAGGAAUGACAAUGGCAAAGCUAUUAAUAAAAGACUGUUGUAAAUGUAUUUCAUUUCUUA